AUGUCGGAGGUGCUGCUGCUGGCCUGUGCGCUUCUCUCCUGGAUCAUCACCUGCCAGUCUGGACCAUCAGGACCAUGCACAGAUCUGUUACCAUUGGAUCUCCUGUCCCAUGUUCUUCCCAAGGCUCAGAGAGCCCAGGAUGGGAUAUGCAGUCAGUCCAGGGGUGUUCGAGGUUUCCAGUUUUCUGGCUCUCCACAUCUUUUUAGAUUCCCUGCAUCUCAGCUCUUCACUAACUGUAACUACUUUCCUGCUGAAUUCUCUAUCGUAUUCACAUUGAAAAUCCCCAAAAUGGCUCCUGAGAAAAGUGAAUACAUCUUCACACUGCUGGAGGGAGAUUCAGGUAAUCUGCUCCUCGGACUGCGCCUGUCCCAGAACACGCUUCACUUCCUGCUGAAGAGCCAGGGCAAAAGGAAACGCAUCACUUUUAAGGCAGUAGGACUGGCUGAUAACCGUUGGCACACCGUGGUCCUGGCAGUGACCGGACAAUACAACAUCCUCACUGUAGACUGUGGCAUUCCCCUCGAGCUAGUGCUUGAAAGAUCCUUCCCUGAUGAUCUUGAUACAACCGGUUCGACAUUCUUCAUUGCUAGUGCAAGAAGAUGGAAUGGCUUAUUUUCAGGGCUCCUGCGACAGCUUGUUCUUUUACCUGGUUCAGAUGCUACCUCAAAAAUAUGUCCUUCACCUGAACCCCAGCUCUCUGCGCUCUCAAUUCCUCAGGCCCUUUUACACCUGCCAAUCAUAUCAUCUUCCUCUGACCUCCUCCCUCACCCUUAUGAAGCAGAGGUUCGGGUUACUGUGGGUGUGAAACCCCCGUGUGGGGUCUCCGAGGAGGGUCAGCUGUGGUUUAACACACUGCACAAAGGACUCUUCCUCUGCGACGGCAUGAUGUGGCUCACCAUGCUUCAAGUGAAACAAAGGUUGGAUUAUGUGGAGCAUCACCAGGAUCUAUUCACCAACUCUGAGACCUUUGACAUUGAAGUUUUCCAGAUUCCUUCAGUAGGGCUUUUUAUCGCCACUGCCAACCGUGAUUCCGACCUCGGCUCAGGAAUAUACAAAUGGAUGGACGGGAAAUUUGAGCGAUAUCAGAAUAUCAGCACCUAUGAUGCACAGGCAUGGCAAUACUUCACAGUUGGCAAAAAGAAAUUCCUGGUUGUUGCUAACUGCAAAGGUAAAGAUGCAGAAGAAUCGGAGCAGUCUGUAAUAUAUAAAUGGAGUUCGAGGAAGCUGAAGUUUAUUCUCUAUCAGUAUCUGAACACAUACGGUGCCCGUGACUGGGAGGCCUUUCACAUUCAAGAUGAAGCUUUCCUGGCUGUGGCCAAUCAUAGACAAGGAGAGAGGAAUCACAACAUUGACAGUGUUAUCUACAAAUGGAACCCAGUUAGGCAGUAUUUCGAAGUCAAUCAGACAAUCCAAACAUCGGGUGCCUACGAUUGGGAGUUUUUCAUCAUCGGUCCAUAUUACUUCCUUGCGGUCGCAAACACGUUCAAUGGAAAGUCAACGGUCAUUAGUUCUACCAUCUAUAUCUGGCUGCAGGGGAUGUUUCAGCCUUAUCAGUCAAUUACAACCUUUGGUGCAAUAGACUGGGAGAUGUUUCAGAUUGAAAACAGGAUCUUUUUGGCUGUGGCAAACAGCCAGAUGCUGACAGAGGAGGGAAAGAUUUUGUACUCCAUCAACUCCACCAUAUAUGAGCUCAGCCUGACAUCACAAAAAUUCAUAAAGUUUCAGGAUAUUGCAACAAACAGUGCUUUAGACUGGGAGUAUUUUACUGUUGGAGAUGACAAGUUCUUAGUAGUUGCCAACUCAUAUGAUGGAACAUCAUAUUCACUUAAUAGUGUUAUUUACAGAUGGCAGGGCUAUGAGGGCUUUGUCCCUGUACACAGACUAGGCACCAAUGGCUGCAGAGAUUGGGAAUUUUUUAACACAACCGACGGCUCCUACCUCAUUUACUCCAGUGCCAGAGCUGCUCUUUCUAAAGUCCUUAAAUUAAGGACCGCCUAG